UCUCCUCCCAGAGCCAGGAUGGACGCUCUGCUCUCCUUGCAUGGGUCCCUCUCCUGAUGAUACAGUGAUUGAUGACAGGAGAAGGACUUCACUAGAAGGGACAGGGAAAGAUGGGAACUGGAAGCAUGGCAGGAAGAGAGCAGGAAGAAGUAUUUAUAGUACACAAAGGAAUAUGUAUAGAUUACUGCUUAGAGCAACUUCUUUUUUUCCCCCUAAUUUUGACCUCUUCCCAACAGAUUCCCUGUUUCUGCUUGCACCUGGGCGGCUUGCUGAGUGCCUGCCUCUCAGGAUCCUUGUGGAGGUUACAAUGCAUCUGAACUUGCAAAACAGAUUGGAAAUUCAAGAUUAUCAAUAAUCGAAGAUAAGUAUGUGAAAACAUGGCUGCCCAAAUGAUACAUGGUCUUGUCCAAAUAUGGAAUUCCAGGACUCGUAUGUCUAAAUCAAAAGAAGCACUCAUUGGAGCAAUGCAAGAACAGAAUAAAGUCAGACUGGUGCUCUAUUUCAAAAAUGGAAAAUAUGUGACUUUUCUGCUAACUGAUAGUAUUCGAAGUGUAGUCUUUAGAUCCUAUAGAGGAAACAAAAAUCACCUGCAUUUAAGUUUAAAAAGUAAUAAAUACUUGUUUGUCGAAGGAUUAUCCUCCACAGAUGCUGAAAUAUUGAAGAUAUUCCUGGAUGGAUUUCAUCAAAAGAAGGUUCGGUCACCUGUGGGACCUGAUAAAGGUGGGAGUGUCUUUUCCAGCACAAGACCACAGAAGAAAAUCAACAAAACUUCAUUCCACAAAGUUGGUGCGAAAUCAAGUCACAAAUCUUUUGAGAAAGCAAAAGGUAGUGGGACGGGUGUCCUUCAGAGGAUGCCUUUGCUUAAAUCAAAAUUGUCAGCACUUACUUGCAGAAAGUUACUAGAAAAGCAACACAAGAAGAGGGAAAUAAUGCUCUUGUCUAGCCCAGAGAUGAAUGAGGAAUUCUUGAAAGAAAAUAAUUCUAUAGAAUACGAGAAAUCCAAGGCAGAUCGCUUGAGGUGUGUAAGCUACAAACAAGAGAAACAACUGAAGUUAAAAGAGUCAGAAGAGAAAAAGAAAUUGAAAUGUGAAUCUUCAUGUUUCAUUAACACUACUGGAAAUCCUUACCGAGAUGACAUUGGUCUCCUUCAAGCGCUCACUGAGAAAGUGAUUUUGGCAUUUGUGUUACAACCGGGGUAUAGUGAGGAUUACUCAAAGUGGGAUAAAUUAAAACUAUUUUCUGAAUCGUUUCCAGAGAAACUAUGCCAUGGCCUCCCCAAUUUGGGAAACACCUGUUAUAUGAAUUCAGUUUUACAGUCUUUAUUUUCAAUUCCAUCGUUUGCUAAUGAUAUACUUAAUCGGGGUUUCCCAUUGAGUAAGAUUCCUCUUAAUGCUCUUACCAUGAGUUUGGCACAGCUGCUUUUUUUUAAAGAUAUUUAUAAUAUAAAAAUCAAGGAGAUGUUACUUCUGAAUAUUAAAAAGGUCAUGUCAACAGUUGCAGAGAUAUUCCAUGGCAAUGCACAGAAGGAUGCUCAUGAGUUUUUAGGUCACUGUUUAGAUCAGUUGAAAGAUAACACAGAAAAACUCAACACAAUUUGGAAGCCUAAAAGUAAAGUUUGUGAAUAUCAUUUUCCUAAACAAGUUUGUGCUGAUGAUCCUGACACCAGUGGGUUUUCUUGCCCUGUCAUUACUAAUUUUGAGUUGGAGUUGUUGCACUCUAUUGUUUGUAAAGCUUGUGGUCAGGUUAUUCUCAAAACAGAACUGAGUAAUUACCUCUCCAUCAACCUUCCUCAAGGAAUGAAAGUAUUUCCAUCAUCCAUUCAGUCUACUUUUGAUCUUUAUUUUGCAGCAGAAGAGCUUGAGUAUAAGUGUGCAGACUGUAAGCACAAGACUUCUCUUGGAGUGCACUCAUUCAGUAGGCUACCUAGAGUCCUUAUUGUUCAUCUGAAACGCUACAGCUUGAAUGCGUUUUGUUCAUUAAAGAAGAAUGACCAGGAAGUCAACAUUUCCAAAUUAACAGUAUCUUCUCAUUGCAAUGAAGACACCAAACCACCUCUUCCCUUGAGUGAGGAUGCAGACAUUAUGGAUUUCCGAGUAUUAAAAAUUAUUCGAAAGAUGACUUCUGGAAGCAUCAGUGUAUCAUGGCCUUCAACAAAGAAAUCCAGAGAUAUCCUGGCUGCAUACAUUGGAUCUGAUAAGGAGUCUGAACAACGAAAAUUCGAGACAGUCUUUAAAGGGGCAAGCAGAAGACAGCAGCAAAAAUAUAUAGGGAAAAAGUCAAAAGCAAAGGAGCCAGAAUUUGUACACUCAGGAGAUGGAGCAUCAAUUGAAAACAAGCCAUUAGCUUACUUAAUGGCAUAUCUAGAAGACUUCUCACUUUCUCAGUGCCACAAAGCUGGAGGUAAACCUACCAGCAGCCCAGAGACAUGUUUUCCAGAAGCUCUGUUUCAAGCAGUGCCUGAAAAUCCAAAACAAAAGAAAUACAUGAAAAUGAGUAAGUUUGCAGCUUUUGAUAGGGUUGUCAAUCCUACUAAAGAUUUUUGUGAAGAUAAAAAUAUCAGAGUUCCAGAAGGAUUCCAAAAAGUGACUGAACAGACUCAGAAUUAUGAUAGUAAGAGAUUCUGUGAACAAGUUCCUACGCAGGCACUGCCCCAAAGCCUUCCAAAGCCAGGUGCCCAGGGGCGCACAGAGAAACUCAUAAGAUCUGCAAAAUUAAAUCUCCAGAAGCCUAACGGGAAUUCCUUGCAUGCAAUGGGUUCCAAUAAGAACCCUAGAAAAAAAGAAAUUUUACAUCAGGUAAAAUCUAAAGCUAAGAAAACAGAAAGAAAUGCCAAUAAGGGAGAUCAUACCUACCGGCUCAUUAGUGUUGUCAGCCAUCUUGGGAAGACUGUAAAUUCAGGCCAUUAUGUCUGUGAUGCCUAUGACUUUGAGAAGCAGACCUGGCUCACUUACAACGAUAUGAAGGUGUUAAAUAUCCAGGAGGCCCAGAUGCAGGAGGAUAGGCGUUGCACUGGGUACAUCUUCUUCUACAUGCAUAAUGAGAUCUUUGAAGAGGUGUUGAAAAGAGAACAGAAUGCUCAGCUUCAUAACAAGAAGAUAGAGGCGAUUCUUCAGAAGAAAUGAGAGUAACAUACUUCCUACAUGGAUGAAAAACUCUAAACUUUAUCCAGAGAUGAAAAGGCAAUUAGUCUAGGAUCAAAUGUCAAAACAGAAACACUUAUUGGGGAAAUCCCCAUUCUAAUCCUGAUACAGUCACCCCAAUCCCUUAGCUCUGGCUGAUGAGCAUCCUUAUCUCCUACAAGACUGAAAUUGUGUUUUCCAUGUUUUUCUUUAUUUUAAUAUAUUUAGCAUCUCACUCUGCCAUCCUGGCUUGAGUGCAGUGUAAUCAUAAUUCAGUGCAGCCUGGAACUCCCAGUAUCAAGCAAUUCUCUCUUCUCAGCCUCCUGAAAAGAAAGGAAUUUCUCUUCUCACUUCAGCUGGGGCAAUAGGUAUAUGCCACCACAUAGUGAGACCCUGUCUCUACAAAAAGCAAUA